AAAUAAUGGUUAAUAGUACAUUAGUACAUUUGAGAAAUACUAAUAAUAUAGGUGGUGGUGUGGUGGAAGCAAGCAAGGAAAGGUCUUGGAUUCUUCGUUUGGUCCUUGGGACGGCCCUCAAUUCCACCUCAAGAUUUCUCGAAUUUACGCUUUGCUGCCAUUCACCGAAAGAAAAAGUUUGUUGCAAGCAAGGACAGAGAGAAGAAGAAAAAAAAAAGUUAGGGACUUGGAGUCUGGAGAGAGAAAAGUAGAAGAGAAGUUUGCCCAAGACACAGAGAGAGAGAUAGAGAAGACAAGAGAAGAAAAGAGAAGAGAUUUGAGUUUGUUCUCAUCAGCUGGAUCUUCAGAUUUGCAGCUGUUAACGGUUUCAGAUUUGGUUUGUUAUCGGACGAAGACGCAGACGCAGAAUCAGUCUUUUGAUUUCUUCUGUUAUUGUUUCUGCGAUUUACAAGAGAAGAGGCAGCUAGCUACGUAGCUUUGUUGGUGUUGGUGUUGGUGUUGGUGUUGCUGUUUUUGUGCUGAGAUGACCAGUCAAAAGAAGAAGACUCAGAACUUGGAUGACAUUUAGAUCGGACGUCGAUCGGAGUUUAUCUAAAGCGAAGAGGGUUUGGUUUUGAUUGUUCAUUUUUCAGUGACAGUUUUUCAGUUUAUUUCUCUGGAGACCCAAAGUGAAGAUUUUUGGGUAAAAAGAUGUGGAUAGAUUGUAGAUUUCUGUGAAGAAUUUUCUGUGUUUUGGGUUGUCUUGAAUCUGGGAUGGAAGACGUUGGUGGCCAAGUUGCUGCCCCAAUUUUCAUUCAUCAAACGCUCUCGGGCCGGUUCUGCGAUGUGCCGGCUAUGGCGAGGAAGCGCGAUCUCCCUUACCAGGGCUCCAAUUAUCAACACCCUCACUCGCAGCAGCCGCGCUUCACAACCGCAGGGAACAACUGGAAUCCUAACGUAUGGGACUGGGACAACGUUAGAUUCGUUGCCAAGCCACUGGACGCUGAGAUGCUGCAUCUGGGUAGUUCCAGAACAGAGCAGGGGAAGAAAGAGGAAGCUUCUGGGGCUGUGAAGAACACUGCGGAAGAUGAAGAUGAUGAAAGCCUUCAAUUAAAUCUCGCCGGGGGCUUGACCUCUGUGGAGGAGCCCAUGCCCCGGCCCAACAAAAGGGUCCGCUCUGGAUCUCCAGGGAAUGGCAGCUAUCCUAUGUGCCAAGUUGAUAACUGUAAGGAAGAUCUGUCGAAUGCCAAGGACUACCAUCGCCGGCAUAAAGUUUGUGAGAUUCACAGUAAAGCCACCAAAGCCCCUGUUGCCAAGCAGAUGCAGAGGUUCUGCCAGCAGUGCAGCAGGUUUCACCCCCUUUCAGAGUUUGAUGAGGGGAAGAGAAGUUGUAGACGGAGACUUGCUGGGCAUAACCGGCGAAGAAGGAAAACCCAACCAGAGGAUGUUACCUCACGGCUCACUCUCCCUGGAGACGGGGAUACCAAAAGCAUUGGAAAUUUGGAUAUAGUCAACUUGCUAGCUGCUAUAGCUCGUCCACAAGGGAAAAAUGAUGUCAGAAAUAUCAACUGCUCAUCAGUACUGGACAGAGAGCAGCUCCUUCAGAUUCUUAGUAAGAUAAAUUCAUUACCUUUGCCAGCAGACCUUGCUGCAAAGUUGCCUAAUCUCGGAAGUUUAAAUAGGAAAGCUGUGGAACUACUUGCUUUAGAUCUUCAAAACAAAUUGAAUGGAAGAACAUCUGCAUCAACUGUUGACUUGCUUACUGUACUAUCAGCUACUCUAGCAGCUUCUUCUCCUGAAGCUCUCGCAAUGUUAUCUCAAAAGAGCAGCCAGAGCAGUGACAGUGAGAAAACUAAGUUGACCUGCUCUGACCAGGCAGCUGGUCCCAAUUUGCACAAGAUACCUACACAGGAGUUUAAUUCCGCUGGGGGAGAGAGAAGUAGUACUAGUUACCAGUCUCCCAUGGAGGAUUCAGACUGCCAGGUUCAAGAAACUCGCGUUAAUUUACCUUUACAGCUAUUUAGCUCUUCACCUGAGAAUGAUAGCCCGCCAAAACUGGCUUCUUCUAGAAAGUAUUUCUCUUCUGACAGUAGUAAUCCGACCGAGGAUAGGUCUCCUUCAUCUUCCCCUCCUGUAGUGCAAACUCUGUUUCCAAUGAAGAGUAUGGCUGAAACUGUGAAGUCUGAGAAAUUGUCAAUAAGCAAAGAGGUUAAUGCAAACCCUGACUCUAGCAGGACUCGUGGCUGUAACAUGCCUUUUGAUCUUUUUAGAGGGUCAAAUAGAGGCGCUGAUGCUAGCUCCAUUCAAAGUUUUCCGCAUCAAGCUGGUUAUACUUCUUCUGGUUCAGAUCAUUCACCUUCUAGCUUGAAUUCUGAUCCUCAGGAUCGCACUGGAAGAAUAUUAUUUAAACUAUUUGAUAAGGAUCCAAGCCAUUUACCAGGGUCAUUGCGAGCACAGAUAUACAAUUGGCUUUCCAACAGUCCAUCUGAAAUGGAGAGCUACAUAAGGCCUGGUUGUGUGGUUCUAUCAGUUUAUGUGUCAAUGUCGUCUGCUGCCUGGGAGCAAUUUGAAGGAAACCUGGGUCAGCGUGUCAGUUCUUUGGUUCAAAGUUCAGAUUCUGAUUUUUGGAGAAGUGGGAGGUUUUUAGUUCAUACAGGCAGGCAAUUAGCAUCACACAAAGAUGGAAAGAUUCGUAUAUGCAAAGCCUGGAGAUCAUGUAGUUCCCCAGAGUUGAUCUCUGUGUCCCCUUUGGCUGUUGUGGGUGGGCAAGAAACCUCUCUUGUAUUAAGGGGCAGAAAUCUGACUAAUCUUGGCACCAGGAUUCAUUGCACAUAUCUGGGUGGUUACACAUCAAAGGAGGCUACGGGAUCAACAUAUCAUGGAACAAUGUAUGAUGAGAUAAACUUGGGCAGUUUCCAAGUUCAUGAUGCAUCUCCUGGUGUUCUAGGUCGCUGUUUCAUAGAGGUGGAAAAUGGUUUUAAGGGCAACGGCUUUCCGGUGAUAAUAGCUGAUGCUACAAUCUGUAGAGAAUUGAGACUCCUUGAGUCGGUCUUUGAUGCAGAAGCAAAAGCAUGUGAUGUAAUUUCAGAAGAUGAAAAUCGUGAUUAUGGACGGCCCACGUCAAGGGAGGAAGUCCUCCACUUCUUGAAUGAGCUUGGGUGGCUCUUUCAACGCAAAAGGAUCUGUUCAAUGCUUCAAGAGCCCCGUUGUUCACUCAGCCGUUUCAAAUUCUUACUGACAUUCACUGUUGAGAAAGACUGUUGUGUGUUGGUCAAAACUCUUCUAGACAUACUGUUUGAAAGAAAUUUAGAUGGUGAUGGGCUGUCGGGAGAGUCAUUGGGGAUGCUGUCAGACAUCCAGCUUUUGAACCGGGCAGUAAAAAGGAGGUGUAGGAAGAUGGUUGACUUGCUUGUUAAUUAUUCUGUAAUUAGCAGUGACAAGAGAUAUAUUUUUCCACCCAAUCUUGCUGGACCUGGUGGCAUGACACCUCUUCAUUUGGCUGCUUGUAUGUCGAAUACGGAUGACAUGAUUGAUGCUUUGACAAAUGACCCGCAGGAGAUUGGAUUGAACUGCUGGAAUUCCCUUUUGGAUGCUAAUGGGCAGUCUCCAUAUGCUUAUUCUCUGAUGAGGAAUAACUACUCGUAUAACAAGUUGGUGGCUCGUAAACUUGCUGACAGAAGAAAUAGUCAGGUUACUGUGACAAUUGGAAAUGAGAUAGAGCAACCUCAGAUGACUAUGGAGCUGGAGCAUAGGACAAGUACGCGAUUCAGACAAGGUAGUGGAUCAUGUGCCAAGUGUGCAAUGGCAGCAUCAAAAUACAGGAGGAGGGUUCCAGGUGCUCAGGGCUUGCUUCAGCGCCCCUUCAUUCAUUCUAUGCUUGCCAUAGCUGCUGUUUGUGUAUGUGUCUGCCUGUUCUUGAGAGGCUCCCCAGACAUUGGUUUAGUUGCUCCUUUCAAGUGGGAGAAUUUGGAUUUCGGCACAAUUUAAUCUUUAUAGGAUAAGAAUUACGGAUUAAGAAAAGAGCGGCGAACUUUGGGUUGAUGGGCACCUUCCAGAUUAGCUUGCAUGUCAUGAUGCAAAUCUGGAUAAAAGAAAGGAUUUGUGCCAAAAACCCAUUAAAGAGAGAACCUAGGGGUUGGGCUGGGGCUGGGGCUGUGAUGGCAAGUUUGAUAAGCAACACAAUUCUGGGUCAGCAGAGGUAUUUGGUGAUUUCGAUGCUGCAUGUUUAUUUCUAACAGAUCUGAGAUUUGGGCAAUCUUGGGUUAUGCUGUUCCUUUUGCUCAUUUGCGUUGGAAAAUAGGUGAAUUUCUUUGUCUUUCUCCCCUUUAAACGUAGAAACUCUUCCGCUCUCAGAGACCCCCGCCCAUAUGUAAUGUAUGUAUCAUGUUGGAAGAUGAAACAAUGGAGAUGGGGCAGAUGGUAAAAUUGUUCAUGGGAAGCAUGGAAACGUGGAUGAAGGAAAACUACUGGAGACCCGAAGAGAGAAAAAGUGAAGGUGGAUAAAAACUAAGCAGUUAUAUCGUAAUUAGAGGUUUGACAUGGUAAAAAUAUAUAUGGGUUUUCCCUUCUAGAUUUCGUUGCUAUUUAAUUUAUGGACAUAAGUCUUGAGUUAUUUGUGUAUUGAUUUUGUCACUGUAGAGUUGAUCUGUGGAGGAUCAAUCACAGAGAGGACAAUUUCAUCGUAUGACAGAUUUUUUUUUGCAUUCUAGAUUUUAUUUUCAUUUUUUGGGUGUAAAUUUCAAGAGAUUGAUAUUAUUUAACAAGCUGGGAAGGCGUUCUCUUUCUUCU